AUGCACACCAAUCAGCUGAGGCGGAAUCACGACAAGACUCAGAGUCCCCCAGAACCGCCAUCCCUAACAUGGGAUAGCGUGCUAGACACGUUUUGUUCGGAAGACGAAGCUGAGCGUUUACGUGGAUCACAACAUAAGAUGCAAGAGGCCGAUGACACACAAUGCAGGCCGACGCGAAAGCGGAGACAACCACCAUGGGUACAGUUUGGUCCCAAAAGCGGAACACAGCAGGUUGCUC